UUCCUGCGUUAUGUUGACCGGAAUUUUGCAGGGUUUUGUAAAACGGGCUCGUGUGAUAACAGCAUUACUGAGAGGCACAAUCCAACCCGACGGCAUCCGAUCAACAGCAGCGAUAAACAUGCAGGAAUCAUACCCGAUUAUUGCUAAAGUUCCUACGCACAUACUGACGUGGGGAAAAUGGAUCGAAGAAUCGCUCGGUGACCAGAAGGAGAUCGUGCUGUGCAUCACCGGAAAUCCGGGUCUUCCAGGAUUUUACACCAAAUUUCUGUCCACAGUGCACGAAUGUUUGAACAAAGAAAUGCCCGUAUGGGUAAUUGGUCAGGCUGGUCACGAUGAGGCCGACGAAAACCCGUACAAAAGACCGACGCCUCCUCUGCGGGGCAAUGAAGAGCUCUAUAACCUGACCGGACAGCUGCAGCACAAGAUCGAGUUUAUUCGCAAAUACGUUCCGGAAGAUGUAAAGAUCCAUCUGAUUGCUCAUUCAAUCGGAUCUUACAUGGCACUGGAGCUGCUGAAAGUACCGGAUAUAAGUGCCCGCGUGAAGCACUGCUACUUUCUUUUCCCAACCCUCGAGAGAAUGGCAAGCACGAGAAACGGGUUCAUCGUAACGCGGCUAAUCAAUCCGGUGUGGUGCGUCUGGCAGUGGUUUUAUCGAAUGUUCGCGCUGCUGCCCCUGUUUGUGCGCACGUGGAUAAUUUACAUCUAUUUCCUGAUCGAUGGCAUCCCCAAGUGCUACUUAGGAACAGGUUUGAAGUACAUGAACCCUGCGGUAAUUGAUAAGAUUUGGUUUCUUGCCAUCGACGAGAUGAGAAAGGUGAAGGAGCUCGACAUCAACACCCUGUCCGAGAACAAACACCGGAUCAAACUAUACUACGGAACAACCGAUGGAUGGGUACCGGUCAAGUACUAUCAUGACCUAAAAGCACGCCUCCCGGAUGUAGAUGCCGAACUUUGCACAAAGAAAUAUGAUCAUGCAUUCGUUUUGCGUUCCGCCGCACAGAUGGGCUUUACUGUAGGUGAGUGGAUUUUGAAAUAUCGUGUAUAAAGAAUACAUAUUGGCCAGCAACCUAGUUGCAUAUGCCGGUACUAUGGUGAUUGUAAGCUGUUGAAACGUAAACUGUAGGAAUCCUGGCGUUUUUCAUAACGUGGCACUGUGGUGCAUAGUGAGAGGAAAAAUAAAAUGAUUACAAAGAAUAUUUAUGUAAACUGGUAAUAACA